AUGGCAACAACUCCUCCUCAUCCUCCGCCCAGAGAUACUGGCCGAACUCGAGCAGCCCAGGAAAUAGUCGCUCGAGCGCCAAUAAUAACACCAGCUCCGCGGAAAUCAGGGUGUGAAUGCAGAAACGGCAAUCAUGACUACAUCGAGGAAUCCAAAGGAAUUUCUAUUCAUACGGCGCUAUCGACUCUUUUCCACAGCGAGAAGUUUUCAGACAUGACCAUCGUCUGCGGAGGUCGUCAAUUCAAAGCCCACCGCGCUGUUGUAUGCACGCAGUCUCCUUUCUUUGAUAAAGCAAUGAGCGGCAACUACAAAGAAUCUAUGUCGCGAUGUGUUGAGCUGCCGGAAGAUGAUCCUGAUGUCGUGGAACGGUUCCUUGAGUUCUUGUACACUGGAAAUUACAGCGACGGCGUGAACUUCACCGGGGGAAAGCCAUCCGAAGCGGCUUUGCUUGAUCCCGAAACUGUUAUUCAGACCUUGCAGGAGCCGACGUGCGGUUCCAAAGAAGUGGAUAUUAAAGAUUGGGUCUCCGACAGCGACCCAGAUGAAGAAUACAACGAAUACGACGAGCGCACGGGUAGUCCUUCGGAAGACGGUGAUGCAGAUGAACAAUCCAAGCUCAGAAAUGUGGCAGAAGCGGUGGGAGACUGUAGCUGCAGUCGGGAGGAAGGAUUAAAGCAACUCGCUGAGCUCCGCAACGACAUGACACUACCUCUUCGGCUGUAUGUCAUGGCAGACAAGUACGACGUGCCUGCCCUCCGACUUCUGGCGCGUGAUCGGUUUUACCGCGCCGUAGAGCUCGUUUGGGAAGAGGCUGAGUGCUUUCCUGACGUGGUUGAUGAGUUGUAUCAGACCACGCCACCAGCAGACACUGCGAUGAGGGAGAUUGUGUGCAGGCUUGUUGCAGCCUUGAUCCAUGUGCCUAGUGUCAGGGAGAAGAUGAGGAGUGUUAUGAUGAAGCAUGGAGAUUUCGCUUUUGGGGUCUUGGAGUAUUCUAUUCAUCUACAUACCCUUUUUGCCUCAGAUGGAGGAAUGAUGGGGGAGGGAUGA